AUGGCAGGCCUAGUAGAACAGGGCCAUGUCAAGCAGAACUCGAGCCUGCAGGCGUCUCGCUGCGAUCUUGUCCUCGUGCAGUUUUCUCUGCACGUCCCCUACACGGAGCAUUUCAGGCUGGAGCCACUACUGCAGUACCACCGCGUUAUCAGCUUGGAGGAGUUCAUGGAGGAGCUGGCACCUGUUCACUGGCCUCCUGGCAAGCGAGUGGCUUACUGCUUUGAAGCAGCAGCUCAGAGAAGUGCUGACAAAAGCACUUGUCCCAUGAAGGAUGGAAAUCCAUUUGGUCCCUUCUGGGAUCAGUUCCAAGUGAAUUUUGAUAAGUCUGAGCUCUUCAAGGGGAUUUCCUUCAGUUCUGCGUACAAGGACCAUUGGAUCCAAAGGUUUUCACCAUCUGAGCACCCUGUACUUGCCUUACCUGGAGCUCCAGCCCAGUUUCCUGUCUUAGAGGAGCACCGGCCCCUCCAGAAGUAUAUGGUGUGGUCUGAUGAAAUGGUGAAGAAAGGAGAAGCCUAUAUUCAUUCUCUGUUGGUCAGGCCCUACGUAGGAAUUCAUCUGAGGAUCGGCUCAGACUGGAAAAAUGCUUGCAAUAUGUUAAAGGAUGGGACGGCUGGGCCGCACUUCAUGGCUUCCCCUCAGUGCGUGGGCUACGACCGAAGCGCCGCGGUCCCUCUUACCAUGGACAUGUGCCUACCGGACCUCAAAGAGAUCAAGCGUGCUCUCAAGCUCUGGGUGAAAAAGACAGAAGCUAAAUCUGUUUAUAUUGCUACUGAUUCUGAGCCCUACACAACAGAAAUACAGCAGUUCUUCCAAGGAAAGGUCAAGGUUGUUAGCUUGCAGCCAGAAGUGCCUCAGAUUGAUUUGUAUGUUCUUGGCCAGUCCGAUCAUUUUAUCGGGAACUGUGUCUCUUCAUUUACUGCCUUUGUGAAAAGAGAGCGUGACGUGCAUGGAAAACCCUCUUCGUUUUUUGGCAUGGACCACCCACCAAGAUUACGGGAUGAAUUCUGACCAAAAGAGGAACAAGCUCCAUAGUUCUCAGGACUCUGAGCUUGGUACCUUGCUGAGGGACCACUCGGUGCUAACAGUGUUCUGCUGCCUUCAGAGCACACUGCCAGACUGCCACAGAGCUGCUUCAGCCUGUGAUAAUCCUCGCAGACUGUUCUGUCUGACU